CCCUCUCAAAACUCUCCUCUGCUUCAGCUCACAGAGAGAGAGAGAGAGAGGUGUGAAGCCGUACGAAGAUGGUUCAACGGUUAACCUACCGCAAAAGGCAUAGCUAUGCCACCAAAUCUAAUCAGCAUCGGGUCGUCAAAACCCCUGGUGGACGCCUUGUGUAUCAGAGCACGAAGAAGAGGGCGAGUGGACCUAAGUGCCCUGUUACUGGCAAGAGAAUCCAAGGGAUUCCUCAUUUGAGACCUGCUGAAUACAAAAGAUCUAGAUUACCUAGGAACCGAAGGACCGUGAACCGUGCUUAUGGUGGAGUGUUGUCCGGAGGUGCUGUAAGGGAAAGGAUCAUUAGAGCCUUUUUGGUUGAAGAACAAAAGAUUGUGAAGAAGGUUCUGAAGAUUCAGAAGACCAAGGAAAAGCAAGCUUCUAAGAGUUGAGCUAAGAAUAUUGCAUAAAGCAUUUACGUGUGUUUGGAUCAAUUUUGGAUACGGCAAUGACAAUGAAACAUGGAUGUGUAGUGUGAGAGUACAAUUUGGUUUUGUAUUUUCUAGGGUUGUUUGAACUUUGAUUAUUUACUACUGUCAAUUUGGUCAACAAGUAUUCUCCUAGGAUUUUGUUUUCCAUAUUGUUUGUUAUGCUGAGUUUGGAUUUUCUUGUAAUACUAGUGGUUCGAUUUCGGUUUUAAAAUUAGAUUUGGAUUUAUAUUUUAAUUUUCAUUCGCUCA